AUGGCCAGCAAGGAGGGGACCGCAGGGCAGUCCUUUGGUGCUGUCCUCGCGGCAGUUACUACUAUGUCAGGAAAUGUCUCGCGAUCGGAGAAAGAGCACGCCCAUGAGUUCCUGGAGAAGUUCCAGAAAUCAGUUGAAGCAUGGACUAUCACCCACGAAAUGCUACAGUCUCCCGAUGUGCCUGUCGAGGCCAAGCUGUUCGCAGCAACCACGUUGAAAGGAAAGAUCAUCUUCGACCUUGACCAGCUACCCGCGGAAUCGAUACUCGCCCUCCGAGACUCCGUAUUGAAUCUGCUUGUGGCUUAUGCUGCAGGCCCUCGGCCGAUCCAGACACAGCUUUGCGUCUGUCUGGCGAGCUUGGCCAUUCAAAUGCUGGACUGGAAAGACGUCCUACCCACAGUUGGCGCGGCACUGGGCAGCAGCGCGGGGGAUUGUGUGUUGGAGUUUCUCAAGAUUCUCCCGGAAGAAGUGACCGAAGGUCGCAAGAUCAAUCUCAGUGAAGAGGACCUUGAUUCCAGGACGAAAGAACUAUUGGAAGACAACGCCGAACAGGUCAUGCACCUUCUCAUUCAAUAUGCUCAAUCAUCCCGUAUGUCCACUGCGUCCACCAACCCCCGUCUCCUUGACUGUAUUACCUCAUGGAUGCGCGAGAUUCCGGCGUCGAAAAUUGUUGACUCACCCCUAAUGGAUGUGAUCCUCAAGGCUCUUGAUGACGAACGAUCAUUCGAGUCUGCGGUAGACAGCAUGUGCACCUUGUAUAGAGACACGCGGGAGGUCGAUGAUUCACUGCCAAUCAUCCAGGCCCUCUAUCCGCGAUUAAUGUCCCUGCGCCCGAAGAUUGCGGAGUUCGCCGAAGCGGAAGACACAGAUGCUUACAGGGGUAUCACGAGGCUGUUUGCCGAAGCUGGCGAGGCCUGGGUGGUUUUGAUGGCACGCCUGCCGACUGACUUCCGUGGGCUGGUCGAAGCGGUCCUAGAGUGUUGCGCUCGUGACUGGGAGCGGGACGCGAUUUCCCUUACUUUCGUCUUCUGGUAUGAGUUGAAACAAUAUGUUACUCUGGAGCGGUAUGCGGAUGCACGGGGUUGCUUCAGUGAUAUCUUCUCUAGCCUCGUGGACAUCAUGGUCAAGCACCUCGAGUACCCGCGGCCAGAGGAGGGUGAGACGGACCUUUUCGGUGGCGAUCGGGAACAGGAAGAGAAAUUCCGGCAUUUCCGGCACGCCAUGGGAGAUGUGCUCAAGGAUUGCUGCGCGGUCAUUGGGGUCAAUGAGUGCUUGACCAAGGCGUAUCAGCUGAUCCAACAAUGGGUCUCCAAAUAUGCCUCUCAGUCGAGCGACGACCACGUUCCCAACUGGCAAGAGCUCGAAGCGCCCCUCUUUAGUUUGCGCGCCAUGGGCCGUAUGGUUGAUCCUGAGGAAAAUGUGGUCCUGACACAGGUCAUUCCCCUCAUCGUGCAGAUUCCGAACCAAGAAAAAGUGCGAUUCCAGGCCAUCAUGGCGCUAGCGCGUUACACAGAGUGGACUGCACAGCACCCGGAGACAUUGGAGGCGCAAUUAAACUAUGUCAUUUCCGGCUUCCAGCACAGCUCCCCAGAGGUGGUUCAGGCUGCAGCUUUGGCCUUCAAGUUCCUAGGCACGGACUGCCAGAAAUUGCUUGGAGGUCACAUUGCCCAGCUGCACUCCUUCUACGAGUCAGUCCUUGACAAGCUGAAACCGGCCAGUCAGGAAGAGAUCACCGAGGGUGUGGCGGCUGUGGUUGCAGUACAACCACUGGAGAAGAUCUACGAGACGAUGAAACUGUUCUGUGACCCCAUUAUGGCACGCAUCAUGAACUUAGCGAACAACGCUAAGGAUGAAGAGGGCCAGCGGGCUGUUGCUGAUCACCUUCAGUUGAUUACGAUCUUCAUCUUGGUUGUGAACCCAUACGUCUCACCCCGGGAAGAAAACCCCGCAGUCAAGUAUUGCGGCGAGAUUUUGCCAAUCAUGACGACAAUCGUGAUGAACUUUACCUCGUCCACGCCGAUUCUAGAGCGAGUCUGCCGUUGCUGGAGAAACAUGAUCAUUUCCUACCGCACGGCUAUGACUCCGCUCCUACCCACGCUAGCGCAGAGUCUUGCAAGCGGAUUCGAGGCAUCACGAGAAGGAUGCUUCCUGUGGGCCACUGACGCUGUCGUGCGCGAGUUCUCCGAGGGUGCUGAAUUCGUCGAUCCCUCAACCAGCCAUGCUGUAUUCCAGUUUUACGAGCAGCAAGCGGUCGCGUUCCUGCGAACCUUGAAUGAUCUGCCCCCCGAGAAUCUCCCAGAUGUUAUCGAGGACUUCUAUCGUUUGUCUUCCGAUGCCGUGCGGUAUUACCCUAAGGAGUGUGUGACUUCGUCGCUGUCCGUGCCGAUCUUCUCCGCCGCACUCAGCGCUCUCACCCUCCAGCAGAUUGACCCACUCAUGGCCACCCUUCAUUAUUACCACGACCUCUUUAGCUUUGCUUUCGAUAAGCCGACGGUAUCCGAAUUCACUACUGCAGAUGGCAGUUCCUACACCAACCCGCCCGAGAUCCGCGAGGCUGUUAAGCAGCUGAUUGCAUCGCAAGGCCAGCUACUCACGCAGCAUAUCCUGACGGGAAUGAUGUUCUCGUUCCCUGGAGAAUGCUUCCCCGACGCAUCCAGCGUGAUGAUGAUGCUGUUCGAGCUGAUGCCCGAAGAGGCAGGAACUUGGCUUCAGGCUACGCUGCAGAUGCUUCCCGCAGGAACCAUGAAGCCGGGUGAGGCGGAGAGGUUGCUGAAGGGCAUAUUCGACAAGGUCCACUCGGGUGAGGUUCGGAAGAUCCGGGUCCUUCUUCAAGACUUCACCAACUCAUACCGACGACGAAACGUGGCACCUAGAGAAGGAUUGGGCCGGCUGGAGGCGACCCGGUUCCGGUUUAGCGGAUAG